CGUCUCCGUCUCCCCCCGCGCCGCCGCCGCCGCCGCCGCCUCCAAGAUGACCGGGCAGCGGCGGGGAGGCUGCCGCAGCCCGCUGAUUUACUGUGAGGGAAGAGCAGGCAGAGAGUCACGUGCUGCAGCGACGGCCUGGCUGAAGGAUGCUCUUCACCGUCUGGGACGUUUAAGCUUGGAAUUUAGUGUUAAAUAUGCAUAGCAACUCCACACGCACCAGCGUAUCAAGGUUGCAAGUCAAGCACGGAAGAAUGAGGUACCAGACCACCUUCCCUGGCUUUUGAUGCUGAAUCAGGAUCGUUUUAACUAAAGAUGGAAACACUGGAGUCAGAAUUGACCUGCCCAAUCUGCCUGGAGUUAUUUGAAGACCCUCUCUUGCUGCCGUGUGCCCACAGCCUCUGCUUCAGCUGCGCUCACCGCAUCCUGGUGUCCAGCUGCUCCUCCAGCGAGGCCAUCGAGCCCAUCACCGCCUUCCAGUGCCCCACGUGCCGCUAUGUCAUCUCCCUCAACCACCGGGGCCUGGAGGGCCUCAAGAGGAAUGUGACCCUGCAAAACAUCAUCGACCGCUUCCAGAAGGCAUCCCUGAGCGGCCCCAACUCCCCCAGCGAGAGCCGCCGCGAGAGGACGUACCGCAACAGCCCUACCAUGUCCGUGGCCGGCGAGAGGAUCGCCUGCCAGUUCUGCGAGCAGGAUCCCCCGCGGGACGCGGUGAAGACGUGCAUCACCUGCGAGGUGUCCUACUGCGACCGCUGCCUGCGGGCCACCCACCCCAACAAGAAGCCCUUCACCAGCCACCGGCUGGUCGAGCCCGUGCCCGACGCGCACUUCCGAGGACUCACGUGCUUGGAGCACGAGAACGAGAAGGUGAACAUGUACUGUGUUGCUGACGACCAGCUCAUCUGUGCCUUAUGUAAACUGGUGGGCCGCCACCGGGACCACCAAGUGGCAUCCCUCAGCGACCGCUUUGAAAAGCUGAAGCAAACCCUGGAGACGAAUCUCACCAACCUGGUUAAACGCAACAGUGAACUGGAAAACCAGAUGGCCAAGCUGAUCCAGAUCUGCCAGCAAGUGGAGGUGAACACGGCCAUGCAUGAGGCGAAGCUGAUGGAGGAGUGUGAUGAGCUCAUGGAGAUCAUCCGCCAGCGCAAGCAGGUCAUUGCUGUCAAGAUCAAGGAGACAAAGGUGAUGAAGCUGCGGAAGCUGGCCCAGCAGGUCGCCAACUGCCGGCAGUGUCUCGAGCGCUCGACGGUCCUCAUCAACCAGGCAGAGCACAUCCUGAAGGAGAACGACCACGCGCGGUUCCUGCAGACGGCCAGGAACGUGGCCGAGAGGGUCGCCAUGGCAACUGCAUCCUCUCAAGUUCUGAUACCAGAUAUCAAUUUUAACGAUGCCUUUGAAAACUUUGCUUUAGAUUUUUCCAGAGAGAAGAAGCUGCUGGAGGGGCUGGAUUACCUAACCGCGCCGAACCCGCCGUCCGUCCGCGAGGAGCUUUGCACGGCCUCCCACGACACGAUCACCGUCCACUGGAUCUCGGAGGACGAGUUCAGCGUCAGCUCCUACGAGCUGCAGUACACCAUCUUCACCGGCCAAGCCAACUUCAUCAGUCUCUACAACUCCAUGGACAGCUGGAUGAUCGUCCCCAACAUCAAGCAGAACCACUACACCGUCCACGGGCUCCAGAGCGGCACCCGCUACAUCUUCCUCGUCAAGGCCAUAAACCAGGCGGGCAGCCGAAACAGCGAGCCCGCCCGGCUCAAGACAAACAGUCAGCCUUUUAAGCUGGACCCCAAGAUGGCUCACAAGAAGUUGAAGAUCUCCAAUGACGGACUGCAGAUGGAGAAGGACGAGAGCUCCUUGAAGAAAAGCCACACGCCCGAGAGGUUCAGCGGGACAGGAUGCUAUGGCGCGGCAGGCAACGUCUUCAUUGACAGCGGCUGCCACUACUGGGAGGUGGUGGUGGGAUCCUCCACCUGGUACGCCAUCGGCGUGGCUUACAAGUCGGCCCCCAAGAACGAGUGGAUUGGGAAGAACUCCUCGUCUUGGGUCUUCUCCCGCUGCAACAACAACUUCGUGGUGAGGCACAACAACAAGGAGAUGCUGGUGGAGGUCCACCCGCAGAUGAAGCGCCUCGGCGUCCUCCUGGAUUACGACAACAACGCGCUCUCCUUCUACGACCCGGCCAACUCCCUCCACCUCCACACGUUCGAAGUCUCCUUCAUCCUACCCGUGUGUCCCACCUUCACCAUCUGGAACAAAUCCUUGAUGAUCCUCUCGGGUCUGCCCGCCCCGGACUUCAUAGAUUACCCAGAGCAGCAGGAGUGUAACUGCAGGCCCCAGGAGUCCCCGUACGUAUCAGGGAUGAAAGCCUGUCACUAGGCUGCCCUAGCCCUGCCCGUGCCCCGCGGUGGCACCAGCGAUGCCGGAGUCGGCGUGCCGGAGAGCCGCCGUGCAGCCGUGACGCUCCAGCAAGCGAGCGCCCUCCCACACGCAGCUCAAUCAUUUUUCUUUUUGAGGGGAAAAGAGGAAGGAACCUCUAACCGCAGCUGAAAAUAAACUCCUGUUGGCGAGCUCCGCUUGUGUGCGAGUGCGGCUUGUGCAACUCCUCGGUGGCGUGCUCCGAUCUCUCCCGAAGAGGAUUGUCACCUGGAUGGUUUUCUCUUCCCCUGGGGGCUGGAAAGGCCGGGGCGGGUUUCGGGGUGACCUGAGGCGCUGCUGCGGUCCGGGGGACAUCCCAUGCGUCCCUGCAAGGUGCGGGUUGGAACGGGAGGGGUUUGGCUUUCUGGAGCCCGUUGGUAGUUUGUCUCGAGAGCGUGUCACUGCUGCUCGCGUUCCCCGGGCUCGCAGCCCCGCAGCCCGCCGGGACCCCCACCCCACCGCAUCUCCUCCGUCGGGACCCCAGCAGGAGUCAGGGAGGCCCCCGCCCUGAAGGAGCAAGCUGAGGAGCGUCUCGCCCCGGCACAGAGGUUUGGCAGAUGCUGGCUCCGGCCAGCUCGGCCCUGCCACGUGCGGCUCCGUUAGUUUCAUGUCUGGUGUCCCUGCAGAAAAAAAACCACAUCUCCCCAUGCUGAACAAAUGGCCGAGUUCUGCCCGAGGACCAUCUCUGUGCUUUAAGACCCGAAAGUCUUUCAAUUUAUGACCCCACAUCUUGGUUUGUUCUCCACCAUGGUGGUGUGAGCGUGGAGCCGUCCUGUUUGCUCUGUGGCAAAGGACCGAACCCGUCCCGGGGGCUCCAGCCCCUGGUUACUGGGAGCUCUUUGGCUGCCACCAGUGCUCCCAGUAACCGCAAGCACAAAGUCCCCUGGCCAAGCUUCGGUUCCCACGUUUGCUGAAAAGCCAGGAGGAGCUGGGGCGGUCCCACCAGUCCCUGUGUCGCAGGGAGCAAAGACCCAGCGCGGGCACCUGCAGCCAGGGUCCGUGGCACGACCCGGGGCGGGGGGGGGACAGGCGGAUGUCCACAUCGCACCCGCGGCAAGUGACACGGCGUGGGGGGGACACGGGGGAAGCGAGGAGGCCAGGCAGCACCGUGGCCCAAGACGGGCUGGUGCUUGAGCUUUGGUCCGUGGCGUUUGAAAAGCCCUCUCUUCUCCUCCGGACGUAGUGCUGCCAGGUGCAUCGGCGGCAUUGCAUGGGGACCGCCGGGACCUCCCAGCCCCGCCAGCCUUUUCC